GAAUACAUUAUGUAAAUUACGAUAUAGCACUUUAUAACAACGAUUUAAACAAUACAUGAAUGGAAUGUAUUGAAAGCGUGUAAACCAGUCUUUGGUUAUAAGUUUAACUUGAUUGCAACUGCUUGAUAUUGAUCGUUGAAGACUGUGAUCAUAAACAAGUCAGACAGACUAAACAGAAGUGAUUGGAUAUUAAUUUUGCCUGUGGAAAUACGCCAAGCGUGUCCAACUUCGUAAUAUCUGAUACAAAUUCAUCGGCUGGAUAUGUGUUGAUCUGUUAACAUAACAAAAGAAAAUGAACGCAGCCGCAAACAAGUUAGAACUUCAGAGAUUGAAUGGAGUGGAUAGUAAUGCAGACGAAUUUGGAGCAGGAUGUGAAAGCACGGACGUUAAAGAUGAUGUCGCAGUGGACAUUUAUGUUAACGACGGAAGUGUCAGUCACAGUGGCGACUAUGCAUCUGGUUCUAAUGAUUCUAGCUCAACAAGACCGGAAGCGGUAAGAGAGACGUGGUCAGGGCGGUUUGAGUUUCUCCUCUCUGUUGUGGGUUACACAGUGGGGCUGGGAAACAUUUGGAGGUUCCCGUAUUUUGUAAAGCGUAAUGGCGGAGGUGUUGCUCUGAUUCCUUUCCUGCUAUUUCUGGUCUCGUGUGGAGGACCUCUUUACUACAUCGAGGUGUGCCUUGGUCAGUUCUCUGGAAAGUCCCCCGUUAAUGUCUGGGAUAUAUGUCCGUUAUUCAGAGGAAUUGGGUUUGUGAUGGUUGGAUUAUCCCUUAUGUACAUCUGGUACUUCGGGGCGUGUUUUGCCUGGGUCAUCUACUACCUUUUUCACUCCUUUCAUCCUAGGCUUGCUUGGGCCACUUGUGGUCAGCCUUGGAACACGGAUUUGUGCAUAGAUGCAUCAACGAAUUUGACGGAAAAGAAGUUGCAGCUGGCAUCAAACAUAUCUGCUAAAUUUAAAUUUUCUACUUCGGCCACAGAAUUUUGGGAGAACAAUGUAUUGGCCAAGUCGCAUGGUAUAGACGACCUAGGAUCUGUGCAGUUGCACCUGCUUGGUUGCCUGGCACUCGGAUGGCUUGUGGUGUACCUUUGUCUCUGGAAAGGUGUCAAGUCACUUGGAAAAGUUGUGUACGUGACGGCGACAUUGCCUUACGUUUUGCUGACUGUGCUCCUGAUUCGCGGCGUAACUUUGGACGGUGCGGUUGACGGAAUUAAGCACUACAUUUAUCCAGACUUAAGCAAACUCCUGAAAGGACAGUUAUGGAUCGAGGCUGCGGUGCAAUGCUUCUAUUCGCUGGGACCGGCAUGGGGAGGUGUCAUCACUAUGGCUAGUUUCAACAAGUUCAACCAUAACGCAUUCAGGGAUACGAUGAUCGUUUGUUUUGCGGACGGGUUUACGGGCUUUUCUGGUGGACUGGUUGUUUUUUCAGUUCUUGGGUUCCUUGCCAAGGAAACCGGCGUCUCAAUUGACAACCUUCCAUUUUCAGGUGCCUCCCUGGCGUUUAUUGCCUACCCGGAAGCACUGAGCAGACUUCCAAUACCGAACCUCUGGGCAGUCCUCUUUUUCGUUACCCUCAUUUUAGUAAGCGUCGACACAACGUUUGGGACGUUUGAAACGGUAAUUAAUGCGAUCGUUGAUUAUGAUUUCCGGCGGCUCCAUCGAUAUCGCAUCCACAUCACCUCUCUUCUUACCGUCCUGAUUAUUGUCGGCAGCAUUCCUCUGUGCACUUCGGGAGGAUACUACAUCUUUAUGUUGACCGACUGGUAUAUCGCAACCUUCAACAUCGUGUUCGUUGCCCUGUUGGAGACGAUUGUCAUUUCUUGGAUAUACGGUGCAAACCGUUUCAGCGAAGACAUCGAGAUGAUGACAGGCAACCGCCCGCCUCUGUUAGUCCGAGUAGUCUGGUCAUUGGUUAUACCAAUAUUCAUAUCCACCAUUCUGAUUACCUCGGCGAUCAACUUCGGCGCGCCGUCGAUCGGCAAGGGGGGUUACCAGUACCCGUACUAUGCUGUUGUGCUGGGUGACGUGCUCGCCUUCGCUCCGCUGAUCAGCAUUUUUGCUGUGGCAGCUGUUUUGGUGUUUAUUAAAGGCACGGGCACAUUAACACAGAGAGUCUGCCAGCUAACGCGACCUUCUAAAGGAUGGCGCCCAAACGACAAGAAAGCCGAGCAGAUAUUCAACAGCAAGUCCUAUACUUACCGGGAAACACUUCUAGAAAGAAUCAAAUACGAUGUGUUAGGGUGGCCGUCGAACUCUUAGCAGCAUAAGAUUCUAUUGUAUGACCAUUAUGGUCAUUUUAAGAAGUCAAAUGUGUGUUGGUGUCUUGGGGAUUUUAUUAAAGAAGUUGCUAAAUUAACUUAAUAACAUAUACUAUCGUAAAUCAAUGCCUGAGUUGUUCUGAUUGUAUAUAUGAGUGUUUUGUUUUAAUAGCCUACACGUCUAUAUACAUGUUGCUUUUGAUGAAUAUUAUUGGCUUUCUAUCAUUUUCCAUUUUCCUUACUGAGCAUACGAUUGAUCUGGUGGUAUAAAGAUUGUUGGUUCGAGAGCAUCAACAGUACCUUCUCAUUACCUCUCAAAAGAACACUAGUACUUCGUAGUAUUCCGAUUUCAUUUGACAGAGAGUUACUUUAACAGUAAAAAAAUGUGCCAACAUUUUAAAUAUUUCCAUUCACAAAUGUAUUGUGGCUUCUUAAUUUGACAUGAUUGUAUAAUACUUAUGUUCACAGGAAAUAACAAUCGAAUCCAAAACAUCUUUUGAGUGACCUGUGCCUGUCAUAAUAAGAAUAAGAAAUGUUAAUUGAUGGUUUUAUAAUACAAUUAGAAAUUGUCAAUGGGUUGGCAGUCAAGUACCACUGCUUCCAGUUGGAAAGAUGUUGCAGAUAGGAAAUCCUCAUUCAUUUGUUCUAUCUCUCCCAGUUUAAGAAAGAGUACAAAACGUUAUAUUCACUUUCACACUUUCGUCUUCUUUUUGUACCAGCCGAUUUGUAACGGCGGUUUCUUGACAUCCGGGGACAACACGGGCCCGCGCUGUUAGCUUUUACCCAGACAGAAUUGUUCCUCCAAAAGCCUUAGAAUUGGUGUACAAAUGAGUUCCUGAUUUUGAAUAUGAUUUGGAAUAUCUACAGUAACGAUAGCUGUGAUUUAACUACUUCAUCAUUAUAAUUGUGUUCAUCAUCGUCAAUUUUAUGUAACCCGUUUGCUUAUCUAACGCCUUGUAAUUCGAAUUAAUCUCGCUUUAAAUCCAUUUUAUCAGGGUAGGCAACACUAAAAUAUUGUGCAUCACACCUCAAGGGAUUUCCUCCCUUCCACUGAGAAAAUAUGAUUUUGUCCCUUUUCCAAUUGUUGCAAUGUACUAAAGUUGAAAGUUGACACAACGAUUUACUAUUGCUAUUAAUGAAAACACUCUUUCUGUAAAAUGAAUAUGGGCUAUUCCACAACAAAAUCUAUAUUUAAGUAUGAUUUAAAUGAAGAUCUUAAAAUUUGAUAUUUAGACAGAAUAAAAAAAAUGCAUGUCA